AGGCCGGGCCGGGUCCCACCGCCUCUCCUCGCACUCUGUCAUGGUAAAGCAAAGGCAGCCAAACAAGUAGGGAGGAGGAGGAGCAGCAGCAGCAGCACAGACUGACCAAAGAAGAAGAAGAGAGCUUGAAGAAGGUAGGGGAAGGGAUCCCUGACCAUCCAUGGGGAACAUCCUGAGGGCCUGCUUCAAGGGAGACGACCACGGUGACGAUCACUACCCCUACUACCGCCCCACCUCCAGGCCGCCCUCCUACCAGCCGCAGUACCACUACUACGGCGAUGCUGACCUGCCUGCAGCAGCCUCUCUUCGGCCUCAUCAGCAACCUCAUGGCGGCGUCGCCUCCCUGGCUCAGGACCUCCUCAACUUCGAAUCCACAUCCAUGGUUCCUGCAGCACUCGGACAGAAUGUUACAUCAUCCAAGAAAGCACAGGCUAAGUGGUACCAGAAUAUUUUGGAGGCAUAUAAGAAUAUGAGGCCCCCACCAAAAACACCAGCAGAGGCUGCCCUGCUAAUUGCCACGGCCCUAAGCAGAAUUCAGAGACAUGAUUUGGAGGCUGUUCUUGCAUUUUACAACCUCCCAAUCCCAUCACUCCCUGCAGCAUCAGCAUCCUCAGACCACCCUACAUCCUCACUACCAGAGGGCGUACAGUUUGUUCUGAGCACUUUGCCGGUUCACAACAAGUGCAUCGGGGAUGGCGAUGGCUUUACUGCCUAUGUUAACACGGCAGAGCCGAGGGAGUCUGGGAAUGUGCCAUUGGAAGUCCAUGAGAUGGUGAUUAAAAGAACUCAAGCACGAGCUGAUAGAGAUUACCCAACGGCUAAUGCUCUUCAAAGGAGCCUUGAUGAAGCAGGAUAUAAGAUAAUAAAGAUUUCAGGCGAAGAGAUACUUGCAAGGAAAUACCGGAUUAGAAUGAGAGGCAUUGAUGCACCCGAGCUUAAAAUGCCUAAUGGGAAGGAAUCAAAAGAUGCAUUGGUGAAACUCAUUGGUGGGAAAAGUGUCACAAUUUAUGUGUAUGGACAGGACCAGUUUGGGCGUUACGUGGGAGACAUUUAUUGUGAUAAUGUGUUCAUCCAGGAGCAAAUGCUGAAGAGUGGUCAUGUAUGGCAUUUCAAGACCUACGACAAGCGCCCAGAGUUCGCACAGUGGGAGAGAGAGGCAAGAGCUGCACACCGAGGGCUUUGGGCAUCAGAGAACCCGGAGAAACCGUGGGAUUGGAGAAGAGAUCAGCGCAAUGCAAACAUUCAGGUCUACUGAUGGAGCUGAACUUAGUGUUUAGAGCCCUGAAAUGAUCUGGUAGCCUCACAGUUUCUUAGUGAGGUCCGUGUACAGCUUGCUGAAAUGAAUGCAUAUCAGAAACCAAAAAGUUUGUGUGGUUUUGUGUGUGGAAGAAAUCACAAGAGCACCACAGAGAAAUGUUAUCGAUUCCUCUCAGGAGAAAACAAUAGAACGGGGAGGAAAAAAAAUAUAACAUUGCAGUGUUAGCCUGCCUUAUA